AUGCACCCCCCGAAGGUUUCGGUGAGAAAGGUUGCUCCGGGCUCCGGUCGGGUGGCUAGUUUUCAACUACCUGUAUCUUCCUUCACAGAAAGACCCAAAUUACCAGAUAAUUAUACUCAGGACACCUGGCAAAAGCUCCAUGAAGCGGUGGGGGCGAUACAGAGUAGUAUUUCUAUUAAAUACAACCUUGAAGAGCUCUACCAGGCUGUUGAAAAUCUCUGCUCUUACAAAGUCUCUGCUACAUUGUACAAACAGCUGCGACAAGUCUGUGAAGAUCAUGUGAAAGCACAAAUCCUUCAAUUUAGAGAAGAUUCUCUGGAUAGUCUUUUAUUUUUAAAGAAGAUAAAUAAAUGCUGGCAAGAUCAUUGCAGACAAAUGAUCAUGAUCAGAAGCAUUUUCUUAUUUUUGGAUCGUACAUACGUCCUUCAGAAUUCAAUGCUUCCUUCUAUAUGGGAUAUGGGGCUAGAGUUAUUUAGAAAUCAUGUCAUCAGUGACAAGCAAGUUCAAAACAAGACUAUUGAUGGAAUCCUCCUGCUGAUCGAACAAGAACGGAACGGUGAAGCUGUGGACAGAAGUUUGCUGCGGAGCUUGUUGAGCAUGCUCUCUGAUCUGCAGGUUUACAAGGAAUCAUUUGAACAGAGGUUUCUGGAAGAGACAAAUUGCUUAUAUGCUGCAGAGGGUCAAAGAUUAAUGCAAGAAAGAGAGGUCCCAGAAUAUCUUCACCAUGUUAAUAAACGUUUGGAAGAAGAAGGAGACAGAGUAAUAACAUAUUUAGACCACAGCACACAGAAACCACUGAUUGCUUGUGUGGAGAAACAGCUCCUAGGAGAACACUUAUCAGCUAUUUUGCAAAAAGGACUUGAUAACCUGCUUGAUGAAAAUAGAAUAUCAGAUUUGACCCAGACAUACCAGCUCUUCAGCAGGGUAAAAGGUGGGCAGCAGAUCCUUUUGCAACACUGGAGUGAAUACAUAAAGAACUUUGGGACAACAAUAGUGGUUAAUCCUGAAAAGGACAAGGAUAUGGUGCAAGAGCUACUAGAUUUUAAGGAUAAAGUGGACCAUAUCAUAGAAGUGUGCUUUCAGAAAAAUGAAAAAUUUAUAAACUUGAUGAAGGAGUCCUUUGAAACAUUUAUCAACAAGAGACCAAAUAAGCCUGCAGAAUUGAUAGCAAAAUAUGUGGAUUCCAAGUUAAGAGCUGGUAAUAAAGAAGCAACAGAUGAAGAGCUGGAAAGAAUCCUUGACAAAAUCAUGAUCAUAUUUAGAUUCAUUCAUGGUAAAGAUGUGUUUGAGGCUUUUUAUAAGAAAGACUUGGCCAAAAGACUGCUGGUUGGGAAAAGUGCAUCAGUAGAUGCUGAGAAAUCCAUGUUGUCAAAGCUUAAACAUGAAUGUGGCGCUGCUUUUACCAGCAAACUGGAGGGCAUGUUCAAGGACAUGGAACUGUCAAAAGAUGUCAUGGUUCAGUUUAAGCAGUAUAUGCAGAACCAAAGUGACCCAGGAAAUAUAGACCUGACAGUAAAUAUAUUAACUAUGGGUUAUUGGCCAACUUACACACCUAUGGAAGUCCACUUAAAUUCAGAGAUGAUAAAGCUUCAAGAGGUAUUUAAAACCUUUUACCUAGGAAAACACAGUGGCCGAAAGCUUCAGUGGCAGACGACUUUAGGGCAUGCUGUCCUAAAGGCAGAAUUUAAGGAAGGAAAGAAAGAAUUUCAAGUGUCGUUCUUUCAGACAUUAGUGUUGCUUAUGUUUAAUGAAGGAGAUGAAUUCAGUUUCGAAGAAAUUAAAAUGGCCACUGGUGUAGAGGACAGUGAAUUAAGAAGAACCUUGCAGUCUUUAGCUUGUGGAAAAGCACGAGUAUUGAUUAAAAAUCCCAAGGGCAAGGAUGUAGAAGAUGGAGAUAAAUUCAUCUUUAAUGGUGAUUUCAAGCAUAAAUUGUUUAGAAUAAAGAUCAACCAAAUCCAAAUGAAAGAAACAGUCGAGGAACAGGUCAGCACAACUGAAAGAGUUUUUCAAGACAGGCAAUAUCAGAUUGAUGCUGCUAUUGUACGAAUAAUGAAGAUGAGAAAGACUCUUGGUCAUAAUCUCCUUGUUUCUGAACUGUAUAAUCAACUGAAAUUUCCUGUAAAGCCUGGAGACUUGAAAAAGAGGAUUGAAUCUCUCAUUGACAGAGACUAUAUGGAGAGAGAUAAAGACAACCCCAAUCAGUACCACUAUGUUGCAUAAUGGAGAGAAAAUGCUUUUACUUACAAACAAACAAAAAACAACCAAAAAAUAAUCCCAACAAAAAAAACCCCAAAAUAAAACCUGAAAUCAUCCACAUAUAUCUUCAGGACACCGAAUACCUAUGCUGUUCCAGACUUUCCUUUUAGCAGAUUUCAGGUUGAUGUAUAUUAUUCAACCAGCUGCAUGCACUGCUGUGGAAGAGAAGCAAAAUGAAAUGUUAAUCCAUCAUCCUUGUCAAGACUCCUUGCUAAUUUUAAACAUCAUAUUUUUUAUUUCUUUUAGUUCUUCUUUUGUUCUUUUGGGUUCUUCAAAACUUAGUUUUACAGGUUUGUUUAACACUGUCAUUGAAGUUGGAUGGAAAGGUAAAACUACCUGUCUGAGAAAUACUUCUGUGGUGGAUGCAAGUCUGGUUUCUUCAUUUAUGUGUUUCUAACUGCACCCAUAAAGACCCUAUAUGCUGCAUUCUUUAGCUACAGUGACAACUUGGGUAAUUUUUAAAAACCCUUAAUUGAUGAACAGUUACAUACAAGCAGUGUUGUUGAAAUACACUGAAUUUUUGAAAUUAUGCACCAUAAAAACCCUUAAACUUGUGUUCAAUUAAUUUUCUUUCAAAUGAUUAUAAACUUCAGUCUGGUUUGGAUAAAUCAGGUUUUGAAGUGAGAUCCUUGAAGUGCCAAGAGGACAACUAUGUUCAUGUGUGUAGUGAGUUGUUGGAUUAUUUAGCUAAGAUUUGGAUUAUUAUUUUAUUACUACUUCUGGCUGGCUUGGGUGGCAAAGAUUAGAUCUGAGUCAAAGAGGCCCUACCUCAUUUUAGGGCAACUGGUGUUUAUCACUGUUUAUGUAAUUACCGUAACAUUUAGUUUUGCCUUUAAAAUAACAUACAGGGAAUCUACUGUACAGCGUGUUCCACUUUAAAAAACAAAAACUUUUUUAAAAAAGACUUUUAUGGUCUCGAUAUUGUGAAAGCAGUUUUUUGUCUUGAAAGAUUAAGGAUUUUGUGAGUACUUUGUUACAUAUUGUAUAUAUGUAAGUUGAUUUGAAUUAAAGAAUGAAAGACACUGUAGAUCUGUUAGAUAAUUGUAACUAUAAGGAAGACACCUUUUGUGGUAAUAUUUACAAGACUCGGUUUAUUUUCCGGAUUUGCAUACUGGUGUGUUUCAUUCUGAAAAAGAGCUACCAAAGGAGUUUUGAUCAUGGGAUAAAUGAGAGUUUAACUGAGCAAUAUUUUCUGGAGAGAUACCUUACUAAGUUUAUGUCACAUGGGUUUUGUGCAUCAGUUUAAAAGGCCACAACCUCUUCUUAAAGUAAACAUUGCUACGAGUUGACAUCUUGUGGAUUUACAUAUUAAAGUCCUUGUUCUGUCAUCUGGUGUCAUUAAUUGUGUUGCAUCCUGAAUUAUUUUUGUUCUCUUUGUGUUUAGAAACUAAACACAUUUAGUUUAUUGUAUUUAAAACAUAUUUAAUAUUGUAAUUUAAUGUAGAC